AUGGAACAAUUAAUACUAGCUCAACAAAUUCUUUUCAUAACGGAUAAAUAUAAGUUUUAUGCCGGUAUUUUCAAUUUAAUUGUUGGACUUAUUGGUAAUAUUGGGAUAAUUUUGGUUUUUACCACACUACGACUUUUCCGAGGAAAUCAAUCUGCUUUUUAUUUUAUUACGGAGUCUAUUUCUGAUAUUGGCUUAUUUCUUGCAUUAAAUAUACCAAGAUUUGCAGGUCGUAUCCUUGGCUAUGAUCCAGUUCAAACUUCAAUAGUCUGGUGCAAAAUACAAAACAUGGCAUUACAAGCAUGUGCUUUAUAUUCUCUAUUUACUAUAUGUUUUCUUUCAUUUGAUCAAUAUUUAUCAACAAAUGUUCGUCCUAGUUGGCGACAAAAGAGUACACUUAAAUUAGCUCAUGUCCUUACAAGUGUUGGUAUGUGCUUUGCCUUGUUACAUAGCUCAACAGUUUUCAUUAUCUAUGAAAUUCAAUCAUCAUUGGGUUGUAAUGUAUACAAUCCAAUAGCAAAGAAUUACUAUUCGUUUUUCUAUUUACCAAUUUUGGCCAAUAUUCUUCCAUUAGCUUUUACUGUAACAUCGAGUUUAUUGGCUUAUCGAAACGUUCGUCGAAUAGUUCGUUUGCAAUUGCCAGUAAUUCGUCGACGUCUUGAUCGUCAAAUGACAACAAUAAUUUUGGUACGUGUAAUAGUUAUGGUUGUACUUGGCUUUCCAUAUAUCAUUAUUUCUCAAUAUGCCAUGCGUUUAAAUAUCACUGAAAAUAAUUAUCUGGAAAUAGCCAUCGUUAGUCUAUUAUCAGCAAUAUUUGCUUCACUGUUGCAUGCUAAUUUUACAGUCAAUUUUUAUGUUUUUCUGAUAGUAUCAUCACGUUUUCGUCGUCAAACAAAAACCAUUUUAGUGAAAAAGUGUUGGCGAUCAAUCAAAUCUUGUUUUAAUCAAAGACCAACGACUAUUCGUAUGAAUCAAAUUUCUCCUGAAACACCUCCACCAAGUGUUUGUCAUGUAAUACAGGAAAUAAAAUAA